CCCUGUCAAAAUUUCUUUUUCUCAAUUUCAUUUUAUCUAAAUUUAAUCGUUUUAACUUUAUUGUUAAGUAUUCCUCGAUUACCUCGGCAUGUGUUUAGGACGGUUUACGGGUGGCUUACACAAGCCCCUACUUCAGACUCUUUCCGUAACCGUAACACAUUCUGUGCAUUUGCCUCGGCCAGUAUCAUUUAAAUUGCAGCUGUUUUCAUUUUGCAAGAAAGCCGGGAAUGGUGCCGGCGAUAAAAUGGGAAGCCCAUGCAAGCAUUACCAGAACAUUUUGGAACAGCGCAGGCAUGCUAAAGAGAAAGCCGAGAAUGCCCGAAAGAAUAAGAAAGAUGCCGCCAAGUUAGAAGCGUAUCAAAAGAAAUGCUUCGAGUCGAGGAAAAGAGCAUUGAAGAAGGAAAUGGAGUGCAUGGACCCGUACGAAAAGCAGGCAAUGCAAAAGUUGAUGGGUUGUCUGCUACAUGGCAUGGCUAAAUCUUGCAAGAAGUCAGCGCUUAGGAAACUCUGCAAAGAAAAGGAACUUAGGUCCAAAUGCCAUGAAUUAACGUUGUUGAAAAAGCUUAAGAUAUUGCUGAGAAUGUGCGAAAAGGAACAGAAGAAAUUUAAAGAUGCUGAACAAGCUAGCGAAUGUGACGACUGUGCCACAGAUAAUGACACUGACACUAAGCAGAAAGAUCCGUUUAAGUUGCUAUGUUGUUCAUUGAAAGAGAAUGCUACAGUGAAACCUGAUGAGUCGAAAAAUCUAUUUACACAGAAAUGCGAUAACUGUGUUAAUAAUGAAUUGCUAUCAAUAUGUCGACUUCGCAAGGAGUUGUCCAAAUGCGAGAAGCAAAAACUUGCGAAGUUCUACAAUUGUAUACAAUCGAAACUUACGCAGUUGUGCAGGAAAAAAGUGUUACUUGAAAUGUGUAAUGAAUCUGGUCAAGACAAGAUAAUGCAAAACUUCAAUAAAAUGAAGGCUGGUAAAACAGGCAAGACUAGCAGUGAGAAAGCAGCUAGUAAGGAAAUAGCGGCUGAAAGAGCGAAGCGAAAGGAAGAAGCCCUAGCGCGCAAUGUCAAACUUAAUGCGCUUCGAGAAAGAUGCGAAAAAAUUGCUUAUGCAGAAGAUGAUUGCGAUGAUGGUAACAUCAAUGAGCGCAAAAAGAGUAAAUCUCAAACAAAGAUCAAAAACUCAAAAAAAGAAAAAAAGCCGAGCACUCAUGAAAAAAAACUAGUUAAAGAUAAAGAAUGCAAAAAAAAGCCUCUAGAAAGAAAAGAAAAAGUCCAAAAAGAAAACUGCAAGUCGAUCGUUAAUGAUAAAAAAGAUAAUGAGCUGGAAAAAAUAAAGAAAAAAUGUGAAGAAAAAGCCCUGAGAAAAAAGUGCGAGGAGGAAGAACUAAGAAGAAAGUGCGAAAGAGAAGCGUUGAAAAAAAAGUGUGAGGAGGAAGAAGAAAAAGCGCUAAGAAAAAAGUGCAAAGAACACGAAUUAAGAGAAAAGUGCAAGGAAGAUGAGCGUAGGGCACAAAAAAAGAUACAAGAGUUGAGGAAAAAAUGCGAGGAAGCAGCCCUAAGGAAGAAGUGUAAGGAGGAAGAAGCUUUAAGAAAAAAAUGCGAGGAGGAAGCAGCACUAAAGAAAAAGCGCGAGGAAGAAGAACAAAAAAAGAAAUGUGAAGAGUUUGAAGCCAAAAAAAGAGCUGAGGCUUAUGAACAGUUCCGAUCGUGUCUUUACAGACCAACAAAAAGCCAAGACUAUCAAGCUAAUAACAAAGUUUCUAUUAUCGGUGUCGGAGCCGUUGGCAUGGCAGCUGCUAUUACCAUUCUGACCAAGAAAAUAACCAAUCAUUUAGCACUCGUCGACAUCAAUCGGACCAUGUGUGAAUCGGAACGCUUGGAUUUGCUACAUGGUUCGAUGUUUGCAAAUAGUUGCAGAAUCGAAAGUGGCAACAUGUCUGUCACAAAGAAUUCGAGAGUGGUCCUAAUGACGGCUGGGCCACGUCCCGAUCCAAAUCUAUCACGAAUGAGUGUUGCAAAAGAUACCAUAGAGAUUAUCAAAAGUGUGAUGCCAGCUGCUGCCAAGCAUAGUCCCAAAGGAGUAUUCAUAAUACUCUCCGAGCCCGUCGAUGUGAUGACCUGGGUGGCACAGAAAAUUACGAAAUUGCCCUACGAGCAGAUCUUCGGUACUGGCUGCCAUUUGGACACAGCACGCUUUCGCGCAAUUGUUGGACAACAAAUGAACAUAUCGCCGUGCUCCAUAAAUGGCUACGUGGUGGGCGAGCAUGGCGAGAGCUUAGUGCCAUUGUGGUCCUCGCUGACCAUAGGAGGUGUACGCUUGAUGAAUAUGAUUCCGAACAUAGGAACUGAGCAGGAUCCCAUGCGAUGGUCAGAUGUCCGUAUGGAUGUGGUGAAUGCUGCUUUGAAGGUGAAGGAAGGCAAGGGCUAUACCAAUUGGGCCAUUGCACUUUCUGUUGCGGACAUUAUUUCAGCAAUUUUUGACGACUCGUAUCGCGUUAUAUCGUUGUCAACAAAUGUGGCAGGCAUGUGCGGCAUAGAGGAGGAUAUGUUUCUAUCAUUACCAUGCAUUCUAAACAGGUGGGGAAUUUGUGGCAUUGUGCGUCCGAUUUUAACAGAUUGGGAGAAACGCAUGUUUCUAAAUUCUGCUUCAGUGAUACGCAAUGCUCAGACCAUUAUGAAAUUUUAGUUGAAAAUUAAUAUGCUAAAUUGAAAUUAAAU